CGUGGCUACAAUAUGUCUAACACGUUCCACAUAUGAUAUUUUUAUACAGAAAAUAUAUAUAUAUAUAUAAAUAAAAAAAAGUGUACAUGGUUAUGGAAUUACGGAGUUUAGUCUUUAUACUAUCACUUGUGUUGUGUUUUGUGAUAUGUACUGGUAGCGAGUUUGAAUUUGUGUACAAAGAAAAAAAUGGCACGGAAACGGCCCCAAUUGACAUAGCCGCUUUCACCGUGACUCUCAACGGGUCAUAUGCAAGUUUAGGGGAAUGGCCACAUUGGUGCCUCGGCAACAUGUCCCGUUGUACAAAUGGUUUAACAGUUGAUUUAUGGAUCAAAUUUGCAGAAAUUGCCGAAGACGCAUCGGACAUUAUUGUAUUCAGCACUGGGGGUCAUACCUGGUAUUCAAACGGCGUUUAUUUGUUACAGCGUUAUGGUGAUGAGUACGAGUUUGGUGUUGCCUAUGACGACCAAUUAUGGACGGCCCAUUUUCGUGUUCGACCAGGGUUGUGGGUCAACAUCUUUGCCAAUUGGGAUCCUUUGUCAGACGGUCUAACAUUGAUGGUGAAUGGAGCUCAGCACUCGAACCAGGAGUCAGUGACGAGAGAUUACCAACAGCUCGCGUUCGACGCCUUCAUGGACGUCGUUGUUGGACUUAAUGCCGAUGGCACGGAACUUCUGCACGAGAACCGGUUUGAAAUAGCAAAACUGAGCGUUUAUGAUUGGACAAUAAAUGACCUUCUUAAUGUGAUAGACGAGAACAUGCUAUGGAUCGGAUGUGGGCCACUAGAAUCCGACGAGACGCCAUACCCGUUAACUGCUGAAUCUGCAGUACAAGAAUGCCGCGCCAUUUGCUCGUCAGCGACGAAAACUGUUGCAGCCAUCAAACAUCAGGAAUGCGCAUGCGUAGAUUCAACAGCAGCCGACACUAUCUUCACUGAAAUAUCGCAGUGCGCAGAUGAGGCCUUCUGGGACUUUUUCUCAGCUUCCGGUCUCGGUAGUACGGAUUCUGACUAUUCAAUUGUCGUCACUGCAGAGAAGUUAGGAAAUAAAGAAUAUGUCAUACCACUUGAGUCCAUCAAAAUUCAAAUAGCAACUAACUUUAUUGUCGACGUUCCAUUCACGAUUGAUUUUGGUGAUGGUACUGUCACAGAUAUUUACAGUAAAGAAGUAUCCUACUACUGGACGGAAGCUAGUAAAUACGACAUUACUGUAAUUGCUCACAUUGGUAUAGCAACAGUAAGUGGUUCAACGUACGUAACUGUCAAAGAUGUGGAUGAAGGAUAUCCCGGAGACUUUGUUAUGUUGGAUACUUUCCACGGAGAUAAAAGUCGACUGGCGAACGUUGAUUUUACUAACAUCGAUUAUGCCACAGGGAGGUGUCAUAUUCAGUAUGGUGAUACUAAUGUAACCGAUGUAGAGAAAAUAAGUCUGGAUGGUUAUGUAGAAACAGCUCAUAUGACCCAUGUUUAUCCGCUAAUCGGCCAUUAUAAACUCAACGUAAAAUGUGUUAAUCCAUACGGACUGAUUGAAAACAGAACAUAUUUUACUUCUCAAAAGUUAGAAACCACAUAUCAUUUUCAGGAUAAAGAUGAAAGUUUUUCUACACCAUUUGCUGGCAAGCUUGAGUUUCUCCGAAAUGUUGGCAUUGAACACAAUGAUAAAAACAUGACUGUCACUCUAAACGAAUCCAAUUAUUCCGAAUUUGAAAUUCAGCCUACAUUCUUCCGUCUCCAUGAAAAUUACCUCACCUACAAGUAUGAAGAAGUUAUUGUAGAUAGACGUAUAAUAAGCGUACAAAAUAUUAUAGAAAAGCCUGAAAUCUCGUCACCUAAAAUCGACGGAGCCUGGAACUUGACAACAAACAUCACAGUACAAGUUCCUGCGGGAAACGACAUGUUCCUUAAUGUCAGCUUUGGUGCCGGUGAGGAUCAAAUCUUUUAUAUUCAUUAUCUACGGAAACCAAGCGACAUAGUGUUUGAAAUAACUUUUCCUGUGCUAGGGUACUAUCCCAUUCAUGCAAAUAUCUCGAAUGAUAUCAGUUACAAUACAGCAGACAUGUUAGUUUCCGUGGAAGUACCUAUUCGUUCAAUUAGCCUGUCUUUAACAAAUAUAACAGAUAAAGAAGUCCCCGUUGAGUUACUGAUAGACAUAAAUGAAGGAAUGAGAGGUCCCAUGAAAGUUAACUUUCAGAUAGAUCAAGGAAAUGGGUAUGUCGACACUUACUUCCAUUUCAAUGAAAAAACAUUCUUUCCUACAUACCACCAUAAAUACAAGUAUUCAAAUUGGGGAAUAUAUGACAUUUGUGUCCGUGCAUUUAACAAAAUUAGCUCCGUGAUAGAGUGCAUCACUGUGCAAGUUGGCGAGAGAAUCAAAUAUGUUGACAUCACAAUGCCAUCUGCUGGUAGAUUUAGAAGGAACGAGACCACAAAAUCUAUUAUCAGAUGUCCUAAAGGUUCUGAUAAGACAUUUAUAAUAGAUUUUGGUGACGGUGAAACAUUUGUGAUCACAGACAGGUACUUGAAACAGACUGAAAAUUUCGAAGUUACGACAACAACCACAAGCACCACUACGUCUACUGUUGCUCCCACAACAUCGUUUGAGACUAGUAACGAUACAACGUCUCUUAAUAAUACAACUAGUGGGAACUUCGAAAAUUCUUCCUCACUCAGUUACACGAAUGAAAUCACUAAUAAAGUUACGGACCAAACUACUUUUCCAUCUACUGUAAGUUUCGAAAGUUCAACUCAAACUAUAAAUAAUCGUCGUCGGCGGGCAGCAAAUGAUACAAAUCUUAAUGCUGAAAGCACGGACAAUGCUAAUUUUGAAUCAUCGACGACGUCAACUGUGAAACAAAUAACGGAAUCUUGGACAACCUUUACAUCAUCAUAUAAUAACACCGCAAAUACAACAAUUUCCUCCACUGGAAACUACUCAUAUCACGAAAGUAAUGGAACAACAACUUCGAUAGUCACAACAACAACACAGAAAUUCCGACAACGACAACGAUGUAUAUUACAACAAUGGAGCCAAUACCUGAUGACGCAACCAACCCUUACACAACGAAUAAUUCAUUUGCCCGGCGUAGGCGAGACGGAACUAUUGAAGUCACUCAUAGAUAUCAAGAUGUUGGUACGUUUUAUAAAAGUAAAAGCUGUAAACCAUUUUAAUUGGGCUUGGGAUAAUCUGUGUCCAGUUGUAGUUAUUGCAGAUGAACAGAAUACAACAUGCAAAACGCCCGUUUUAACUGUUAUCUCGAAAUAUGCAUCGUCCAUGCGUAAUCCUUUACAGUACUUCAGAUCUGAUAAAAUCAAUCUUACGGCAUCUGUUGCUUUGACUGGAUGUGUUUCAUCUACCCCAACAUUUUCGUGGAGGACGGACAAACUUAUUAUGGAGGAUGGUAAACAAAUACGACGUCCGUACCAUGACACAGGAAUAUGUAUUCAGGAAACAAGAGAGAAAAUUUUCCAGUAUCCAAUGGCGUCACUUCCAUUUGGUUCAUACGUAGUAACGCUAGUGGUUUCUCCUUCUGAUCAUCCUCUUAAAACAAGUGUGCACGAAUUUUUCAUGAACGUUAAUCCGUCUCCUCCUCAUGCUGUGAUAGAAAAUAAUGACGAGCACCUCUGGUUCCUUGUAUAUGGUACUACCAUGCUUAAGUUCCCCAAAUCCAUUGACCCGGACUUUCAUACACAUGAUGGUAUUGUAUACGAUCUUGUAUUUAUGGAGGAGACGAAAUACUCUGACGUAAAAAAGCGAGCCUCGUAACCAAUGCUCAAUAAAUCGUCUCUAGUAGUUACAGGUAUUACACAUAAAUAUAAAUCAAAGAACCCAGUGUCAGUUUAUGAAUACACACCGUGUUUCUUACGGUCUGGAAAUCUUACCAAGGAUAUGCGUUUUCCGGCAGGAGAGUUCAACCUUCCAUCAGAAUAUUUUGUGAGUGAUGUAAACUCAUUUGCUAUGAUAUUGUUCGUGACUAAAAACAAUAUUACAACAUCAGCCCAUGUAACCUUUGAGAUUCGACUGAGUAACGCUUCUAACUUACUCGACCAACUGGACGACCUUCUGGCCUCUAAGGAUACAACUGGCGUUAUGAGAGCGGUGGAAGCUUUAUCUGCAACCUUUGUUGUCAGCCCGACAAACAGUUCAGAAGAGGAAGAAUUUGAGGCCAAAGAAGCCAUGACAGAGCUGAAAACAAAGUUGAUUGGUGCACUGGACUCUGUAUCAGAAGGUGUUAAAGAUAUUGAUCAAGCUAGUGGAAUGAUUGGUCUGGUCGACGGCCUUACUAAAGAUUCUGGUAGCGUCUCGGAUAAUGCAAGAGUUGGAGCAACUUCUGCCAUCAAGAACUCGGCCGAGGUCACCGAAGGGUUCGCUGAUGAGCCAUUAGAUACACUGACAGACGUGGGAUCAAAGGUGGUAUCUGGUGUGAGUAACGUGCUUCCUAAGGAAGACGAGGUCGCUAAGAAGCUAGCAGAACACGAGAAAAAUCUCGCACUAGCAGAGAAAGACGCAAAGGCGGCUAUGGGACCACUUGACGGAGAGGAGGAUGAAGAAGAGAACCCGGAUGAUGACAGAGCGGAUAUCACCUUGGAUGACGAUACAGAUGAACUCACAGAAUUAACUGAAGAGGAUCUUGCAUCAAAUGCUCCAUUGCCUUACAAUAAACUGCUUAAAAAGUGUGAUCUUCUGCAUAGUUCUCCCCUAGACAGACUCUACAAGUAUCUGUUCUUCUACGAAUCUAUUUUCAGGCACGUGCUGAAGAACAAGAGUGUAGAGAUCAUGAUCGAUGCAGAGAUUCUCAAAUUGUCUAGGAACGAUAUCUUCUGUUAUAUAGGAGUAUUAGAAGAACCAGGAGAUGUUGAAUGGUAUUACAAUAGGUAUCUGGACGAGGAGAAACGACGCAGAGAUAAAAUAAGAAAAGACGCGGAUCGAGAUGUUAGCAAAUCUUUCUUGAGUUCUAUAGACUCUGUAUCUAGUGUGCUGCUGAACAAAACUGAAGCAAAUCAGACAGUUGAACUUGGUGCACCAGGUCUAAAGGUUGCCAUGAAAAAGGUUUCUGUCAACGAAACUGAAGAAGACGACAGUAUGGGUGACGAUGCUGGAGUCAAAAUGCCAAUGGGAGUACUUUCUUCCUCAGGAAAUAGUUCUGAAGUGGGCCAAACGUUGAUUGUGAACGACCAAUCACCUUUCACAUAUGCAAAUGAAAAUGACACAACUGAAGUUGGAACUGCUGUAGUAACAUUUAAACUUUCUACUCCCGGCGCCAAGGAUGAGGUACCAGUUUCAAACACGACCGAGCCCAUCCAAAUAUAUCUUGCUGGUAACCCUGACAAAGUUCAACAACCAAUGUUGAACACGUUAAUAUGGAAAAAAGGAGACACCGGAAGCUCCAUGAAUUAUCACAUGAUAAACAUAACUAAGAAUGACACAACAUUACACGUGAUUGUAAGACCAGAAUUUUCUAAUAGCGAGGAUCUGUUUGAUGUUUUACUGCAGUACGAAGGGUAUCCGAAUGAGACCCACUAUCUCGAUCGGACAACUUUACCUCACCCGGAGGACAGUUUUGCGCUGAAUCUCACAUGGGAAAAAGAAGACACAUUGCGACACACAUUCUAUCCUGACCCGGAGCUAACAAAAGUAGCGGGGAUAUAUAGAGUUGGUGUAAAACUCAGAGAGGGUAAGUUCGAUCUGCAACAGGAACAGUCAAUAUUUAACUACACCUGGCAGAUGUUUAUUGGUGGUUGUCGAUUCUGGAACCAUGAGAAUGAAACAUGGGACUCGGACGGUUGUGUGGUUGGUAAUCUAACUACGGUAAAUGCCACACAAUGCCUGUGUAGUCACUUGACUUCGUUUGGAGGUGAAAUGGUGGUGCCACCCAAUACAAUAGAUUUCAAUAAUGUAUGGGCCAAGUUCAAAGAUUUAAAUGAGAACGCUGCGGUAUUCAGUACUAUAAUCUCGCUCCUCGGUCUCUAUGUGUUUGGUUUGAUUUGGGCAAGGUACAUGGAUAAAAAAGAUUUGGUCAAGUGGGGAGCAACACCUCUUGAAGAUAAUUUGCCGACUGACCAAUAUCACUACCAACUCUCUGUAUAUACCGGCAUGAAAAAAGGUGCUGGAACCAAGUCUAACAUCAGUUUUAUUAUUUCUGGCGAAGACAGGGAUACAGGUGUACGGCGUAUGUUUGAUGGGAAACGAAAGACUCACGAAAAAGGAAGCAUCAUGAACUAUAUUCUUAGUGUGGAAGAGAAAUUAGGACCUCUCAGCUUUUGUAGAAUUUGGCACGAUAACUCUGGAGAGGGAAAGCAUAGGUCAUGGUUUCUCGAUCAGAUAGAGAUGUCUGAUCUACAGACAGGAGAAAGAUAUUAUUUCCUGUGUAACCGGUGGCUAGCAUGUGAAGAAGAUGAUGGAAUGGUGGAUCGUAUUCUUCCUGUGGCUGGUAUAGAAGAUCUUGUAGCGUUCAAACAACUUUUCUCAUCAUCCGUUAGGAAGAAGCUGACCAGUGACCAUCUCUGGUUGUCUGUGUUUACUAGACCGACAAGGAGCUCCUUCACUCGAGUACAGAGAAUAUCGUGCUGUAUGUCGUUGCUGUUUCUUACUAUGAUUACAAACGCUAUGUGGUUUAAAUCAGAUGGUGAAGCAGAGCAAGCCCAGAACUCUGGAAAGCAAACCGUGUCGUUAAAAAUAGGACCAAUCUCAUUUACCCUUCAACAGGUGUUUAUAAGUUUGGCUAGUACCAUCAUAGUGUUCCCACCAAGUUUCCUACUGAUCACAUUUUUCCGGCGGACUAAACAGAAGAAAAAUGCCGUGAUGCAGCAGCACCAGCGUAAACCGAAGAGAGGAAAGUGGAAAAAUCUCGGAACAGUUUCAAGGUCAAAUAUGUGGAGUGCUGAAGAUGAGCCAAAAACAUCAAGGUUUAAAAGAUUUACAGAUAGCCUACAGAAACUUGUCCGUGGUAAUGGGAACAGUAAGAGCAAGUAUGACGCCGAUGACGAAGAGGAAUUCGACAAUAUCCCGGCACCGACGAUAGCAGGAGAUCGGGACGCGAAGAAAAAUGCUCAAAAGAAAAAGAAGAAACCAUUCAUGUUUCCUCACUGGUUUAACUAUAUUGCUUGGGUGUUGUGUUUCUUCAGCAUAAUAACCCCGGCAUUCUUCACCAUCUUGUACAGUAUGCAGUGGGGAAAAGAAAAAGCAAACGAGUGGUUGAUCACAUUCGUUCUCUCUUUCUUCCAAUCAGUGAUUGUCGUUCAACCAAUUAAGGUUCUUUGUCUAGUUGCAUUUAUUGCGUGUGUGUUAAAGAAGCCUGACCUUGGUGAGGAGGGAGACUGUACAGCUGAGUUGAACAACGCCAUUAGUAGACAUGAGGAGGAAGUCUAUGCUAAAGGGGCAAGCGCAAUAGAUGAGAUUGCUAAGCGACGAAGAGAAGCAAACGAGACUUUGGAACCUCCCGACACAAAGAAGCUUGAGGAACAGAGACUGGCUCGCCUGAAAGAAAUGAAAAUGGAAGAAAUAUUGAAGGAAAUCUUAAUAUAUGGAUUCUUUGUUCUUAUUUUAUUCUUUCUGUCCUACCAACAGAGGGAUCUCCAGUCUUUCUACUAUACCGAAAAUAUGAAAAACAUGUUCCUCGGAAAAUUUGAAGGGGUCUCAACAGUUCUAGACUAUUGGGUUUGGUUGGAAACGUACUUUCUUCCGACACUAUAUGCAGCAAAGUACCACAAUGGCACAAAUUUAUAUAAAUGGUGGGACAGAAGAUGCCUCAACGACUUUGAAUCUAGAAGGAUGGGAAUAGCCCGAAUGAGACAGUUCAGAAUUAAAGAAGAUUCAUGCAAGAUUCACGGAACGAUGCGUGGUACGAUCAAUCAUUGUCGCAACGAUUAUAACUGGUACGACGAUGACACGACUGCGUAUCUACCAGCCUGGAAACCAACAAGCGAGGAAAACAGGACCAUACUAGACGAAAGACGAGACGACCCAUUUGUUUACCAAAACUCAUUAAGGUUAAAAAGCGCGCCAUAUGUCGCCACUCUACAGACGUAUAAAGGUGGUGGAUAUGUGAUAAACUUUGAACGGAGUUACCGGAGAACAGUUCGCAAUCUUACUAGACUUAGACAAGAGGAUUGGCUAGACCUUAGAACCAGAGCUGUCAUACUCGAGUUUACUGUGUAUAAUCCAAACUCUAAUUUAUUUGCUUCGGCCGUGAUGACAACUGAGUUCCCUUCAUUUGGAGCUGCAAUGGCUCGCAGUGAAUUCAAGAUUUUCCGGCUUCAGAGUUAUGUUGGAGGAUUUGCUAUAGUUGUAAUCUUCUUUGAGGUCAUCUAUUGCUGCUUCACCAUAUUCUUCUUUGUUCGCUGCGUUAAGAAAGUCAAGAAAGAUAGAUGUAAAUACUUCAAGACAUUCUGGGAUAUUCUCGAAUUCUGUAUGUUGUGUUUUGCUGUUGCCUGUAUUGCGAUGUACAUAUUCAAACAUAUGCUUACAGAAGUGGCGUUCCAUUACUUAAAGAAACAGGCACAACCGGAGUUCAUCAACUUCCAGUCUCUCGCAAUGUAUGAUGAGUUUUACGGGUAUAUGACAGCUAUCGUUGUAUUCCUUGCGUCUAUUCAGUUCCUUAAACUUCUCCAGUUCAACAAAAAGAUGAACAUGCUUGGCGACACGGUCAAACUUGCCACUAAAGAUCUAAAGGUCUUCUCUAUUGCAUUUUUGCUGUACUUCUUUGCAUUCGCAUUCACUGCUUACCUCCUGUUUGGCAAGUAUAUGAUUGGCUACAACGGAUUCGUUUCAUCGGCCGAGUCAACCUUCGCGUUUACUCUUGGCGCAUUCGACUUUGAAGCAAUGAGUGAUGCUCACAAGUUCCUCGGUCCGAUAUUCUUCUUCUUGUUUAUCAUGGUGAUCUACGUGGGCUUAAUGAGCAUCUUCUUGACCAUCAUUGCCGACGCUUUCACUACCGUAAAGGAGCAAACACAGAAUGCACAGAACGAAUACGAAAUGUUGGACUUUGUUUGGAGGAAAUUUAAAGGAAUAAUAGGAGUCAAGUAGCUUGAAAUAGUGAAGAUGAAAAUGAACAGUCUAUAGAUUAUUUGGACAAUGCUAUAAAGAAGGAAAAACCUGUUUUAAGAUCACUAAAUAACACGGGCUAUAUUUGAUAUUUGAUAACUAAAAUUGAAUUAUGAAAAUCGUUUUGAUAGACUUCGAUUCAAAUGGAAAACUGAUUUAAGAAAUAACCUUUAUAUAAUAUUCGUACGAGUAUUUAUUAUGUUGUACCCUUGUUUCACAUUGUGUCUAUUUAAUAAUACCACCAUAAUUGAAUGAAGGCACAUUUAUAUUAUUCAUGAAUCCGUCCAUUUUCUUGUUAAUUAGAUACUAGUAAUCAUUUGCAUAUUUGAUCAUAUAUACACUAGAAUGUUCAUAUUACUUAUUUUAUAGUGAUGUUUUUUUCAAAUGAUUUAUUUUAUCAAAAAAUUUGAUUGAGAAAAUUUAGUAUUAUUUUAAAUUUUUAUUAAAAUACAUUUAAACAUAUAGAUCAACUCAUUUUAUGAACACACAGAUACUUAUUCAUGCUAGCACAGUAGCAUGCAUUUUUCUUUCUUCAUCUGGAUUUCAUUGACGACCGGGUAAUAUAUAUCUAUGACCUGGAAUAAAACUUUAAAACUUAUAUAACGCAUCGUUCUCACUAGUCUUUCGAUUUUUUUAAUAUUUCAUUUUUUUGCUCAACAUUUUAUUUCACCUAGUAAUUUAUAAUCAGGUAUCAUGUUUAUUAUCGACACUUAAUACACAUCCCUGUAUUUAUAACGCAACAAAUGCCACAUUCACCUAGGUUUACACUAAAUUUCAUUAUUUUGGCGCGAGAAACUACCAAUGUCACCGGUAUAUUAAAAUCGAAUAUUAUCAAUUUCGAGAAGAAAAACAUGUUAGACCGAUUCAAACGCAUCAAUAUCAACACUGUUUGUAACAUUUAUUAAGUCAUUAAUUAGGACUCUUAAAUUACAACCGAAAAAAGAAUUUGAUAUGAAAUCGGAAAUUUUCAAUAAAUAUGUACAGAAAUGUUUUGGUAAAUAAAUAACACUUUAAAACGUAUCCACAGCAACAUUAAAACAAUGUACCAUAAAAAAAGAUAACAUUAAUUUAAACAUCAAACAUAUAUACACAAUAUAAUUUCAAUUAAAUGCAAAAAAGGAUUGAUUAGAAAACUAGAAUUGUUUUUUAGAAACUCUCCCCUUAAAAAAAGAUAACUUUGACUUAUCAUAACACUUUCAAAAUACAUCUAGUUUCCUUUGAUAUGAACUUUCAAAUUCCAUUUGUAUAUUUUGAUGAAAAUUUAAAAAAAGAAACUUAUUAGUUUACAUAAUAUUGUUAUUGGUUAUUAUU